AAGUAAGGUCAAGUCUGAGGUCAUGUCGUAGACCAAAAUCAAAACAUUGAAAAUAACAUGAAACGGAGUUUCGUCUUCUCAAUACCAAACCUCCAUAAAAAUUACAACUAGAAACUAGAACUAGUAUUGCCUUGGAACUCUAUUCAGCUUUUUAUAAAAGUGCAGUGUUCAAUAAGUGGAGUUUCUUUUUGUAAAGUCGUGUAUAUUUUUUAUUUCAUAAGUUCUUUAUUCCAUCAUAAUAAAUAUCAUAGUGACUAGUGAAUUAGGCAUAAUUUUCAUGCAAUAUUGAUAAUAGCUAAUUCUCACAAUGACAACUUUUCAUGUUGGUCAAGAUGGGCCAGUUAAUGCAUUGGCAUUAAAUAAGGAUUACACUCAGGUGGCUAUAGGUGGAAGAAAUGUGUUCAAAGUAUACAGUAUUGAAGAGGACAAGUUCAGAGAAAUAUGUAAUGUGAGGAAACAUCUGAAUGCAGGAUUCUCUUGCAAUGAUGUAUCUUGGAGUCCCUCAGAUGAUCAUUUUCUGGCAACUGCUGCCACAGAUGGCCAUGUGUCAGUAUGGAAUAUUACACAAAUGGGUAAAGCUGUGCAAGAACAGGACUACCAAGACCAUAAGCGUACUGUGAAUAAGGUUAAGUUCCAUGCAUCUGAACCAAAUAAGCUUAUAUCUGGCUCACAAGAUGGUACAAUGAGAUAUUUUGAUAUAAGAGUCAGGAAUGCUGUGGCAGUUUUUUAUAGUAAUACCGAGAGUGUCAGAGAUGUUCAAUUUAGCCCACAUAACCCGUACACCUUUUCAGCUGUAUCAGAUAAUGGAAGUGUACAAUUGUGGGACAUUCGAAAACCAGAAAAAUGCCAGCAACAAUAUACUGCCCACAGUGGACCAGUUUUCACUUGUGACUGGCAUCCAGAGGCAUUGUGGUUAGCUACUGCUAGUAGAGAUAAAACUAUCAAAGUUUGGGAUUUGACUAGCAAACCCACCCUCGAAUAUACCAUUCACACCAUAGCAUCGAUAGGUCACGUGAAAUGGCGGCCGCAAAGGAAAUACCACAUAGCCAGCUGUGCUCUCGUGAUAGACUGCAGCAUAAACGUUUGGGAUGUGCGUAGGCCUUACAUCCCUUUCGCGUCCUUCAACGAACACAGAGAUAUUGCCAGCGGGGUGGCUUGGAGAGGAGACCCGCAUGUGUUUUUGAGCAGUGGCAGGGAUAGUACCCUAUUCCAACAUAGCUUCAACGAUGCAUCAAGGCCUGCAAGCAAAGCUAAUCCACAGGCAAUAUCUAUCAAUAAUAAUGGAGAUAUCUUAUAUGCAAGGAAAUCAUCGCCAUUACAGAAUAACAAUUUUUCUUGUACCAGUAAUGUUAAUUCUUCGAAUACUUUAGUGAAAGCAACUGCUGGUUUAAUAAGAAAAAUUUCUACAAGUCAAUCGAUCGACCAGUUUCAUCAGGCAUCUAGCAUUCUACAAAAUUAUUCCAUGAUCAAGGAUAUCGCCAAUCAAGAAUCUCACAUUCUUUUAUCUCUGGCAAAAAAUUACAUUCUGCAGGGCAGGAGUAUAUCGGAAUUAUGCGAGCACAAUUCGGCAGUAGCAAGAGAAUUUAAGAAACCGCAUAUUUCAGUGAUUUGGAAAAUAAUAAAAACGAUGUAUGGCGAAGAGUUUAUGCAAUAUUCCAUCAAUUCUGGUAACUCUAAUUUGGAUGAAGUACCGCACAAUAGCAACAAUAUGAGCAAUAUCGGUCCCAAUAUUGUACAAAUCGAGAAUACCAUAAACAAUAUCAGAGAUAUGGAGAUUGAACAGAAAUCAAAAGGUGGGGGUGAUAAUCAAACAUCUCAAUUCAGCGGGGGAGAUGACGAGACUGAAAACGAAGACCAAGUGGACCACAUCCCCAUCUAUAACAACAGUUUCCCGACAUAUCUGAACUUGCGCAGUGGUUUGCCGAAAGGAGAUUUCUCGUUCGGAGAGAACGAACUCGAUAUGGAAUUGGAGAGCUUGAGCUCGGAUAACAUUUGUAGAGACUUCCACAUCGGCUACCGCAGCUUCACCCACCACCCGCCCAACGAUCCCGCCGACUGGACGCUGCCCAACGAGGCUUUCCCCGUCCGACACGAGAUCCUCGACCGCUCCCCGCCGCCCGAGCAGUUCCCGCCCGCCGACCGCCGGUCGCCUGACUCGGGGGAUGACGCUGCCGCCUACCAGUACGACGACCGGCCGGCGGCGGCGCUGGUGGCGGUCGCGAGGCCGCCCGAAAAGUCGUCGUGGGAUCCGAGCGGUUUGGUGGCUGAGGCGCUUAGACACCACGCCACCCUCGGCGACAUCCAGACGUCGGCGUGCGUGCUGAUCGUGAUGGGCGAGUGCAGGAAGCACUUGCGGCAGCUGGACGAGGCGGUGCAGGAGCACUGGCUGCUGGGCUACAUCGAGGUGCUGAACCGGUACCGCUUGUGGAACAUCGCGACGCAGGUGAUAAAACUGUCAUGGCUGCCCUCCGUCUACCAGCUGAACCAACAGAGCACGAGGAUCAACACAAACUGCAGCAGAUGCGCCAAGCCCCUGCAAAGGGUGGGAUGGCUGUGCGACAGGUGCCACACUUCGGAAUACGCCUUGUGUUGCAUUUGCAACCAGGUGGUAAAAGGACUGUACGCUUGGUGCCAAGGGUGUUCGCACGGGGGCCAUUUGGCCCACAUCAGACAAUGGACGUCCAUGCAUAAAGUGUGUCCAACGGGAUGCGGACAUUUGUGCGAGUAUAGGUGAUGAGAGUGGAGUGAUGAUUUGGGAAUUUCGAGUUCUUGUGAGCCUUUUGGAAUUGAAAUUAGGAAAGGGCGUAGGAAGGAAAUCUUGGGAAAAGAUAGUGGGUGAGCGAGUUGAAUGAAAAAAAUUGCUAAGAAUGCUAAAAUAUAUUGUUGACUAAUAUUAGAACUAGACAUCCAGCUGAGAUUCAUCUUUGUAUAAGUGGAAUAAAUAUUUUUUGUUAC